AUGAGCUUACAAAACAUUAGUCAACCUCUUUCUCAUGACCAAAUCAAUAAAAUUGUUGAAGGCGUCACUGUUUUACUUCCCGGGGUACUAGAAAAUGUACUUUCUGGGACUAAAACUACGUCGUCCCACGAUGAAUUUACGCGUCAUAAGCUCUAUAUUGGUAGUCUUGGGAUUCAUACUACGUCUGAGACUCUACGUCAAAUUUUCUCUGCCUAUGGAGAAAUCAAAGACGCGUUUGUGGUUAGAGAUAAAUUUGGUAUGAGCAAAGAGUAUGGCUUUGUGAUUUUCAAGAAUGUUAGGAGCAUGUUAAUGGCAUUGAAAGAUCCAUAUAAGAGUAUUGAUGGUAAAAUGACGAUUACAAAAGUUGCUAGAUCGAGAAUUAGAGACAUAGAGGACGAGUCUUUACGUACUAUUUACGUGUCUAACGUGUCACAUAACAUGUCUCCAAGUAAAUUGUUGGAGUACUUUUCGUCUUAUGGUGUUAUACAAAAGGGUGUUGGGAAUUAA